AAGGAUGACGAAGACAAUCUCUCCUACUCCGUUCUUGCCAUAACAACCAAAACUUUUAGUAAGGUUGAAGAACAGAGGACAGAAAAACAGAGCAAGAGAAAACAGGGGCGACCUGACCUUCACAAACACAAAAGCGAUGGCAAGGAACUCAAACGUGGCGUUUUUUGUAGCCAUGGCCGCUCUGGCUUUGGUUAUGAACUCGGUGGGGGCAGCAAAUACUUAUGAAGUGGGUGAUGCGUUGGGUUGGAUCGUCCCUCCCCCUGGAACUUACGCUACCUGGGCUUCAAACAAGACCUUCACUGUUGGCGACGUUCUUGUGUUCAAAUUUAGCAGCGGAAAUCAUGACGUAGCUGAAGUGACAAAGGCAGCUUAUGAUUCUUGCAAUGCCACGAGCCCCAAUUCAAUGGAGACUAACGGCCCUGCAAAUCUCACACUGAGCACUUCAGGGGAGCAUUAUUACAUUUGUACCUUUCCUGGCCAUUGUACUGGUGGUCAAAAGUUGAGCAUCAAUGUCACCGGAACUUCAUCUCCAGCUCCAGCUCCCGCACCAAGUACUAGCUCUCCUCCUCCUUCACCUUCACCUUCACCACCGGCCGCUGUUCCGGCACCCGCUCCCAGUACUAGUUCUCCUCCACCACCGGCCUCUGUUCCGGCACCCGCUCCCAGUACUAGUUCUCCUCCUCCACCGGCCGAUGUUCCGACAUCGCCUCCGAGUACUAGCACUACCCCUCCUCCAUCUGGCAACCCUCCACCACCACCGCCAAGUGCAGCAACAUCUCUUAGGGUUGCUGGCCUAUCUGCAACCUUCCUUUCCAUUGCUUUGGCUUUGUUGUUUUAGAUGGAUGCGUGUCGGUAUAUAGGUAAUUUGCGUGAUGUGAUUCAUUUUAAUUAAUUAUUAGACAGCGCAGCGCUAUAUGGGAUGGCGUACGUGAUUGUUGUUUUUAUACACAAUAUAUUAUUGAUCACUUUUUUUUUGCAUAAUAAUAAUAAAGCUGAUUUAGAGUUUUGGACAUUUCA